AUGUCUGAAGAACAGCUACAAUCUCCCGUGGAAACCCACGAACAACAAGAAACUUUUGCUGCGUCGGAACCUUCCGGCGUACCAGUUGAGUCCUCUGAAGCCACUGAAGCUCCUCAAUCGCAGGAAGCUGAAGCACCAGCUGCUCCAGUCAGCGACUAUCAAAACGAGAACAGACGCUCUUACCACGAUGCUGCCCCACAACAGCCUUCGCACCGUAUGGCUAUGGAUGGCGAACUUUCCACAACCAGAUUGUUCGUUAGACCUUUCCCUUUCGAUGUCCAAGACUCUGAACUUAACGAGAUUUUCACUCCAUUUGGACCAAUGAAAGAGGUCAAAAUCUUGAAUGGCUUUGCCUUCGUGGAGUUCGAAGAAUCUGACUCUGCUGCCAGAGCCAUCGAAGAAGUUAACGGUAAGACUUUUGCCAACCAGCCUUUGGAAGUCGUUUACUCUAAGAUCCAACCUCCCCGUUAUCGCAUGAUUCUAAAAAAUUUGCCCGAAGGUGUCGCUUGGCAAGAACUUAAAGACUUGGCCCGUGAAAACAACUUGGAGACCACGUUUUCUAGUGUCAACACAAGAGAAUUCGAUGGCACGGGUGCUCUAGAAUUUCCAUCGGAAGAAAUCUUGGAAGAGGCUUUGCAAAAAUUGAACAACAUCGAAUUCAGAGGUUCCGUGAUCUCUGCCGAGAAGGAUGACAACCCACCUCCAAUCAGAAGAUUCAGAGGCGGUGACCGUGGUGGUUUCGGUGGUCGUGGCCGUGGCGGUUUCGGUGACCGUGGUGGUUUCCGUGGUGGCCGUGGUGGUUUCGGUGACCGUGGUGGUUUCCGUGGUGGCCGUGGUGGUUUCGGUGACCGCGGUGGCUUCCGUGGUGGUCGUGGCGGUGGUUUCCGUGGCGGUCGUGGCGGCUUUGGUGACCGUGGUGGUUUCCGUGGCGGUCGUGGCGGCUUUGGUGACCGUGGUGGUUUCCGCGGCCGUGGCCGUGGUGACUCUUUCGGUUCUUCCAGAGGCUCUUACGGUGCUCCAAGAGAUGAGUACAGAGGUAGAGACGGUGGUGACUUCUACGGCUCCGCUCGCGAAAGAUCCCCAACUAGACAAUAA